CAAAAAACUAGACUGUCUUGUGAAAAUUUUCUCAUCGAAUUUAAUUUAAAUAGUUUAAUUACUUAAUUAUUAUGUCCGACAACAAGGAUGCGACUAAAAAGGAGGUUGAUCCGGAAUUGGACGAUCUACUCGACAGCGCUCUCCAAGACAUGACGAAGAAGCCGCCCGCAGCCGGAGAGGCUCAGGAGCCGGUGUGGAGCGAGGAGUUCAUUAAGGAGGCUGCGGCGCAGUUCGAGAGCAAUAUGGCCGCUUUGCUCGGCAGCUUCAGUGCUGGCAGUGGUGUGCCGGGGGAACAGCAAGAAAUCAGCCAGGAGCAGAUAGCACAGACAUUCUCGAAAAUGGCUGAGGCGGCGGCCGCCGUGCUGCAGCCGGCGGGCGCGGGCGCGGACGGCGGCGAGGCCCCCGCCGCGGACCCCGCCAAGAUAGACGAGGUGUCAGCUGCCAUAUCCCAGACCCUUCAGAACCUGAGCUCGAACUCCGAAGGUCUACAGACGCCUUUCAGCGACCAGGACCUCGCCAAUAUGUUCGGCAACUUCAACCUUGGAGAAAACCAGGAUGGCAACAUGUUCCUCCCCUUCAUGCAAGGCAUGAUGCAGUCCCUCCUCUCUAAGGAGGUCCUCUACCCCUCCUUGAAGGAGUUGGUGGACAAGUAUCCCGCCUGGCUUGAGGAGAAUAAGGGGAAAGUGCCCCAAGAUGACUACGACAGGUACUGUCGGCAGCAGGAGCUGAUGCAGCAGGUCUGCGCUGAGCUGGAGCCCGAGCAGGAGACGGACCCUGAGGAUGUCAAGAGGAAACGGUUCGAAGUGGUGUUGGAACUGAUGCAGAAGAUGCAAGACCUAGGCCAGCCGCCCACAGAGCUGGUUGGUGACAUGGCCGUGCCGCCGCAAGGGCUCGCCGCACCCGACAAUUCCCAGUGCAGCCUCAUGUAGUGACAUGACAUGACAGGUGACAUGACGAGUUAAUGACGAGAGAUAAGGUAUACUGCCAACUUUCACAUGUAUAGCAUUGAAACCUACAAAAUAAAUAAUAAUACUAGGUACGGACAGGUUCACACAUAGUCUAAUAAAACAUGGUCUUCUCUUCCCAGAGUGACACAAGCCUACGUCACAAUAACAUGGCCGCUGUAUAUAGCGCUAUCGCAUAUUAUCAUAUAGCGCUGUCGCAUGAUGACGUAGGCUUGUGUCAGUCACGUGACCACGAAAAGACAGGAAGAGAGUACCAGGAGAAGUAUAUUAUUAUACCAUAGGUUCACACUAACAAAACGCGUCUAUUACGACAGAUAUGACCGCUAGGUGGCGCAAGCGCGAGCGUCCGUUAGGCAGCGGUGCGCGGCAACCACUACUGCUGGACACCAAAAUUGGUGUGGGCCGCGUGUACUUAUAGCGACGCGAC